UUUACUGCCAUUGUCAGCACGGUCGCUUGGUCAAACACAAGGUUACCGCUCGGAAUAGUGCAGCUCGGCAGUGCCGAAGAGAAGGAAUAGCAAGCAAACAGGUAGGCAAGGACCUGGUUAGCGUACAGAGGAAUAUACCGGUGAAACAACGGACAAUUGCAUCAGGCAGAGUUUCAUGCUAUAGAAAAAAAAGAACUACACCGACACAAAGGAGAUACUUCGUUGCUGCAUAGGCAUCGGCAGGACAAACACGCACACACACGCUGUCGCACGCACACAUUCACACAUACACAUAAACAUACGCCCACGGCGAUGGACAUCAAAAACAACUUUUCUGCACAGGAUGCAGAGCCUCUUGUUAAAGACUCCGCUGCCUCCAACUCAAAAGAACUACUCAAUGCCUACAUCUACGACUUCCUGUUGAAGUCGGGUUUCGACUCAUCGGCCGCCGCCUUUUUCAAAGAGGCCAACGUGCCCAUUGUGAAAAACAGUGAGAAACUGGUUGACAAGUUCUAUUUGCUGAAUAAUGCAAGCUUGCCCAAGUCGAAAAUGACCAUGGACACUCCCCAGGGCUUUAUUUACGAGUGGUGGCAGAUCUUCUGGGACAUAUUCAAUGCUCGUACAAACAGGGGCAGCUCGCAGAGUGCCUCCCAAUACUAUCAUUUCAUCAACCUGAAGCAGAAGCAGGAGGCAAUGAAUCAACCUGUGAAUCCAAACCACACUCAAACUCAAAACCAGAACCAGACUCCUAAUGUGAACCCAGCCGGCCAAGACCCAAACGGUUCAGCCCCUACAGAUCUAGGAAUGCAGAAUUCUAUGGGUGAAAACUUCAAUGGCUGGAACCAUAGAAGGCAACAGGAAAUCUUUCGUUACCAGCAGCAACAACAACAGCAGCAGCAGCAACAGCAAAGGCUUCCGCCGAACAUGCAACCCCCUACACAGCAAAUGUCACCUGACCCUCAAGCUCACACGUUGAACUUACCUACAGAUUCUCAACCGUCUUCAGCACAACAAGCCCAACCACCGCCUCUUCCUCCGCAGCAGCAGCAACAGCCUCAACUUCAGCAUUCUCACGGUCCCCCGCAACAUGUCAACAACGUGGUGAGAAACCAGAUGGCCGGAAACAACGUUAACAGCGAAAUGGUGAUGAAUCAUGUGAAUUCACCAACAAACUUUGCAAGACCCCAGCAAUCCCAGCGCCCUCCUCAACAGCAACAACAGCCACAACUUCAGCAUCAGCAACUUUCUCCUCAUAUUGGUCAAGCUCCCCAAACACCUCAUUCUCCGCAUAAUUUACAAAACUCGCAAAUGUAUAUGCGUCAACAGCCUCCACAUCCAUCACAGCAAUUACAACAACAAGCUCAACAACAAGCUCAGCAACAGGGGUCCUUCCUGUCUCAACAAGGUGCUGUUCCUCCCAGGAGAGUGCUUCAAAAUCAGCAAGGUCAGCAGAUCCCACUUUCCAACUUACAACAGCAAUCAGUUUUAAAAAAUCAAGGACAAGUGGUUCCACCAAAUUUACACUUCCAAAUGGGAAAUCAACUUCAGCAACAACAAUUUCUAAUGCAGCAGCAGCAGCAGCAGCAAAGGGGUUCCCCUUCAUCUUUGAACCCUAAACAGUCACAGCAGCAGCAGCCAAUGAAACAGGCACCUCAAAAGUUAUCACCGAACAAAAGACAACGUCUGGAUAGUGACAUGGUGAGUCCUUCAAACGUUUCAGGGUUCUCUCAGCCUUCAGUACCGCCUUCUCAGUCCCAAUCUCAACCGCAAUCUCAGUCUCAUUCUCAAUCACAAUCGCAACCUCCAUCUCAAUCUCACUCGCAGUCUCAAACUCCAGCACACAUCUCCGACCUUCCUCAACCACAACAACCUUUUGUUGUUCAUCCGAGUCAAGGAACAGCUAUUCAGCAGCAACAGGGACAACAAGUACAGGGGCAAUUUGCUGGCCCAAAUGGACAUCCUUCUGGUAGUGGCACCAAAAGGCAAUUCCUCCCAGACGGUGUAAAAGAGUAUGGCGAGGGAUUACGAAUGUUAGAAACAGACAAUAGGAAAAAGCUUCAAGAUAGAAACGUUAGCGACACGCUGCAUUCCAACCAUGUGCAUCCUGGACACCCGAAUAUGAUGACAAGUACAUUUAUUCCGUCCAAUGGUAAUGACCUCGUUGGUUCAAAUGGAAAUUCACAUUCAAAAAUAAAUCCUAACUCUAAUUCUACUACUAACGUGAACUUGAAUGUAAGCUCAAACACCAACCCGAACAACUUGAAAGUUGAGCCGGGCUCUCAAUUCGCCGAAUUUUCAAAUAUGCUAGGACAAUUGCAGCAAAACAUAUCGUUGUCUGGUAACAAUGCCAAUGGUACUAAUAUGGGUAACUCUCCUGCAAAUCAUGCCAUGUCUCCCUCAAUGAGGUCACCUGCUAUUAGAAAAACAACAGCAACCGCUCCGAGUACUGCAGCUCCCUCACCCUUAUCUGGUUCAGUUCCGAUCAACCCUAUUCCACCGGGAAAUAUUAACAAUUCCAAAAAGAAAGUGAGAAGAGCUAGAAAGAAUUCAACAUCUGUACCAGCCACUCCAAAAACUCCAAAUAACCCGGCAACCCCAACAUCUACUAACGCAGCAGCAAUCAACAAAAAGCGUGGAAGAAGAAAAGCACCUUCAACAGCUACUACUCCUGUGAUAAAAGAAGACGCUCCACCACAAUUGAAGAGCGUAACAGAGGCUGCUAGCACUACUCAUAAUGGAGGAGUUGGUGAUGACAAAAUUCUGGCAGAUAACAAGAAGGUGAGGAAAACUAAGGCUAUGAAGAAAACGUCCACUUCUGUAGAGAAAGCAGCGGAGAAAGAUUCAAACUUGAACUCGCAAAAAUCAUACCCAGCCUCAAAUCAACAGCAUAGUGGAGUUCCCAAUCAGCAGCAAACUUCGCAGGGAGCCGAGCUUCGUAAUCCAUCUACAAGUGGCUUCAACAUUAACAACGACGCACAAUUUUUGGGCGAAUUUAAUAGCUCUGAGCAGUUUUUUGAUUUUGGACUUUAUUCGACAGAAGAUGCCUCGGAAAUGUUACCUGAUUUUUGGGGUGAUCCUGUUGACAGGAAUGAGCUAUGACAAUCACUUUAAUUUAUCGUUUACUCUCUUUUUUUCUCAAGAUUACCUUUGUCUCCAAUUGAAAGACAUCUUUUCGUUUUUCGGUUUUUUACUUUUUUUGUCAAAUUUCUUUUUAUUGCUUUAUUACUACCAAUUCCUCUUAUUUGAUUGAGAGAACUUUUCUUGCCGCAAUUUCGUACAAGAUUUCACCUUGGUGCU